AUGGCUACCCCUAGUGUCCUCGCUUUUGACGCUGAGGGUCGGGCCAUUGACUUUGACGUCUGGGUAGAUGACCUGCAGCUUUUCCUACAGUGCAAUAGGGCAGACGGUCUCUCCCUCUUUGACCUCACCUCUGGCGCCUCUCCUGCCCCUGCUGCUGAUGCCAACGCCACUUACAAGAGUGCUCAGACCCUGUACGACGCUCUAGUUGCACGCUACUCCUCCCCUGCCACUGCUGCACUGAGCCGCCUCAUGCUACCGUACCUCUUCCCUGACCUUGCUGCCUUUCCCACAGUCACUGACCUCAUUACGCACCUCCGCACUAGUGACACUCGCUACCGCGCUGCGCUUCCUGCUGAGUUCUGCGCCAAGAACCCCCCCCCCAUGUACAUCACCCUCUACUACAUAGUCACCCGGCUCCCUGACUCCCUUCGCGUAGUUCGGGACCACUUUCUCUCAGUUUGCCCCACCAGUCUCACCGUUGACCUCCUUGAGAAGGCCGUCCAAGCAGCAGAGAAGAGCAUAGUCGCUGUAGGAGCCUCUCGUGGUGACCCUCGCACCCCCAUCUUUGAGGGGUGCUCCCCCUCCCCCCUUUUGCCCUCUGUUGCCUCUGCUGCUGCGGCCGGCCUCGUAGGUCUUGAGUCGGUCGGUGCUGCGUCUACCCCUAGCGGGAGACGCCGCCCUGGCAAGGGCAAGGGGGGCAGGGGCGCUGGAGGAGCUAGCGGGGGCGGUGGAGGAGGCGGUGGAGGCGGCGGAGGGGGUGGGGGUGGCGGUAGGGGUGGUGGCGGGUGUGGAGGUGUCGAUGGCGGCAGUGGAGGCGGAGGCGGCGGCGGCGGCGGUGGCGGUGGGAGCGGAAGUGGAGGAGGUGGCAGCGGUGGAGGAGGCGGCGGUGGAGGAGGUGGAGCAGGUCGGGGUGGCGCUGCGCAGAGGGUCGGCUUCGGUGGUGGUCAGCGCCAGCAGCUGCAGCAGCAGCGCACUCGUGACAUCCCCCCCCCUCAGCAGCUCCGUGAGUGGUACGCUGCGCGCCUGCGGGGUGGGGGUAUAGGUCUGUGCACCUACGUCCUACGCACCAACGACCGCGCGGGUGAGCGGUGCGGGGGUGCACACCCCACCCAGCGCUGCUUUGGCCGCCUGACGGACGCUUGGCGUCACCAGUUUCCGGAGCCCACUGAGAUCCCUUGCUGGGGCGAGCUAUCUAGGGCGGGAGUAGCUAUCUUUGUCCUUGACUUGGAUGCUAUUCUUGCUGCCAUGUAUCCUGUGCCUAUAAGUGAGGAGGGUGACUGUUACCGGUGUUUUGCGCCCGACCCGGGCAUUGAGACUGCUGCUCUAGGUACUGGUGAGGCUGCUGCUCUAGGUGCUAGCGAGGCUGCUGCUCUAGGUGCUUGUGCGUCUGCUCCCUCAGGUGCUGGUGAGUCUGCUCUCUCAGGUACUACGUCAGCUUCGGCCUCCCACACCUUCACCCUUGACUCGGGGGCUUCUCACUCCUUUCGAGACCGCACCACACUCACGCCGCUUGGCCGGCCAGUUGCAGUCUCUCUGGCGGACCCCUCUCGCAGUCCUGUCCUUGCUCACUUCUCCACUGUCCUCCCGUGUCCGGCGGCCCCCUCUGGCACCCUAUCUGGUCUUUACCUCCCCUCGUUCUCUACGAACUUGGUGAGUGGUGCUGCCCUACAGGAUGCGGGGGUUCACCAGUUCACUCCUGCGAGUCAGCGGGUGACCCACUGCACGGACGGUCGGACAAGACGACACCUGGCCAAGUUUACACGUCGGCCGGGGUCGAGCCUACCCUCCUCUGGCACCACCGCCUUGGUCACCCCUCCCUGCUUUGUCUCCGAGGCAUGGCCUCCCGUGUCCUUGUCUCUGGUCUUCCCCGAUCCCUCCCUCCCCUUCCUUCGGGGCCUGGCCCUACCUGCGUCCCCUGGUCACGAGCGCUACUUCCUGCUGGUGGUUGACGACUACUCGCGUUACACCAGAGUCUUCCCCUUGCGCAGCAAGGGUGAUGUCACUGAGGUGUUGAUCGACUGGAUCCGCGCAGCUCGUGUCCAGCUCAAGCAGAGCUUCGGGUCGGACUUUCCUGUUCUGCGUCUGCACUCUAACAGAGGCGGAGAGUUCUCCUCUGGCCUUCUGCGAGCCUACUGUCGUGCACGAGGCAUCCGCCAGACCUUCACGCUUCCGGACUCUCCACAGCGAAAUGGGAUUGCUCAGCGCCGCAUUGGCAUGGUCAUGGACGUCGCACGUACGUCCAUGAUGCAUGCGGCUGCCCCCCAUUUUUUGUGGCCGUUUGCAGUUCGGUACGCGGCGCAUCAGAUCAACCUUCACCCAAGGCUGUCCCCGGGUGCUGCUCCUUGCGUCUUCCUUGGCUUCCACCCUGACGCGCCAGGGUGGCAGUUCUACCACCCCACCUCUCGCCGUGUUGUGUCCUCCCAGGACGUCAUGUUUGACGAGUCGGUCCCCUACUACCGCCUCUUCCCCAACCGCACUCCGUCCCUCCCCCCACCACCCCUCUUCCUUAUGCCAGGUCCCGCCCCGGUAGACCCCCUCUCCCCUCAAGGUCCUGCCCCUUCAGGUGUGUCCCAGGUACACGUAGUUGAGCCUGUCGAGGUUACUGGUGACUCUAGUGCUGCUGAGGGUGCUGAGCCUGGGGGUGCUGACUCUGGGGGUGCUGAGCAUGUGGGUGCUAUGCCUGGGGGUGCUGAGCCUGAGGGUGCUACUACUGGGGGUGCUGAGCCCUAG